AUGUCACCUUGGCCUGACUUUAUUGAAGAACGGAAUGCAUUGUUUGAAAAAUUAAUGAAUGAUUAUAAAGCAGAAAUUGCUGCAAAAAUUUCUGAACCAAUAUCAAUAAAACUUCCUGAUGGAAAGAUAUUUGAAGGUAAAUCAUGGCGCACUACACCAAUGGAAAUCGCUGAAAAAAUAAGUGCUGGUCUAGCUAAUACAAUUGUUGUGGCUAAAGUUAAUAAUGAGGUAUGGGAUCUGGACCGUCCAUUUGAAGACAGUGCUACACUGGAGUUAUUGAAGUUUGAAAAUGAUGAAGCAAAACAGGUGUUCUGGCAUAGUUCAGCUCAUGUUCUAGGUGAAGCUAUGGAACGUUAUUGUGCCGGGCAUCUUUGUUAUGGACCACCCAUUUCUGAUGGGUUUUAUUACGAUAUGUUUAAAGAGGGCGAUGCAAUAAGUCCAAAUGAAUUCCCGAAUCUCGACCAGAUAGCCAAAUGCAUUGUUAAAGAUAAACAACCUUUCGAAAGGCUUCUCGUUUCAAAAGAGAAUUUGCUAAAGAUGUUCAGAUAUAAUAAAUUCAAGGUGACAGUCCGAAUCAUCAAUGAAAAAAUUGAUACACCAUAUGCGACUGUAUAUCGCUGUGGUCCACUGAUUGAUUUAUGUAGAGGUCCACAUGUUCGCCAUACCGGAAAAAUAAAAGCGAUAUCUUUUACGAAAACAUCAUGUUCUCACUGGGAGGGUAAAGUGGACGCUGAAUCACUUAUUCGCGUUUAUGGUAUUUCUUUUCCUGAUUCAAAGCAGCUGAAGGAAUGGCACAAGCUCCAGGAAGAAGCAGCGAAAAGGGACCAUCGUAAGAUAGGCCGUGAUCAGGAGCUGUUUUUUUUCCAUCCAAUGAGUCCUGGGUCAGCUUUCUGGUAUCCCAAAGGAACUCAUAUUUUCAAUACACUUUGCAAUUUUAUUCGUAAGGAGUACCGGAAACGUGGUUUUACUGAGGUAAUAACUCCCAAUAUGUUCAAUUGUAAAUUAUGGCAGCAGUCUGGUCACUGGGACCAUUAUUCGGAUAACCUUUUCAAGAUAGAAGUCGAGAAAGACAUCUUUGGUUUAAAACCAAUGAAUUGCCCAGGUCACUGUUUAAUGUAUUCACAUAUGCCACGUGCUUAUAAUGAUCUUCCGAUACGUUACGCCGAUUUUGGUGUGCUGCACAGGAACGAAGUGAGCGGUGCUUUAAGUGGUCUAACUCGUGUGCGUCGUUUCCAGCAAGAUGAUGCUCAUAUUUUUUGUCGUCCUGAUCAAAUUGGUGAAGAAAUACAGAGUUGCAUUGAUUUUUUGACAUAUGCAUAUGUUAAAGUUUUUGGCUUUUCGUUUAAACUGAACUUGAGUACUCGACCUGAAGAAGGAUAUUUGGGUGAUAUAGCUACAUGGGAUAGCGCAGAGAGUGAACUGAAAAAAGCCUUAGAUAGCUCAGGACAUUCGUGGGAAUUAAAUCCUGGGGAUGGAGCAUUUUAUGGUCCUAAGAUUGAUAUAACGAUAAAGGAUGCUCUACGUCGUUUCCAUCAGUGUGCCACGAUUCAGCUGGAUUUCCAGCUUCCUCAGAGAUUUGACCUUUCGUAUUUUGAUGAAAACGGUUUUCGGCAAAAACCAGUAAUGAUUCACCGUGCCUUACUUGGUUCGGUCGAACGCAUGACCGCAAUUCUUACAGAGAAUUAUGGAGGGAAGUGGCCAUUUUGGCUUUCACCGCGGCAAGCCAAAAUCGUGCUCGUCCAUAAUUCUUUAGUAGAAUAUGCUCGCAUGGUACAGAAAAAGAUUUAUGAAGCUGGAUUCGAGGUAGAACUCGACGAAGAUUCUUCUGAUACCUUGAACAAACAAAUUAGAAAUGCUCAACUUGCCCAAUUCAAUUUCAUACUUGUGAUUGGUCCUAAGGAGAGUGAAAAUGGAACGGUUAAUGUCCGUACGCGUGAUAAUGCUGUGAGAGGUGAGGUCAAGCUGGAUGAUUUGAUAAGAAAAUUCAAACGUUUUCAAGAAGAAUUUGUGAAAGAUACGGAAAGCGCUGAUGAAUUUUAA